UGAAGUUUGAAGUGCGACUGUAAACAAACGUAUAAAACGGAUUUUAAAUAAUAAUCGUGUGUUGUGUCUGCUGUUUUAUCGAAGAGUCGUGUGUCCGCGAGUGUCGAGACUGUUUUAUAUUCGCGGUAUUUAUUUAUUUGCUGGGGUUGAAGGGGCACUGACAUUUUUGUUGAAUCCACAUAACGUAUUUUUUGAAAUAAUGACAUGACCGUUGACCGGCUGCAUCUGCUCCGCUGGGGAAGGGAUAAGGCCAUGUGGUGCAAUGCCAGAUAAAGGGAAAGAGUGAAUUUGUGGGGCUCGUGGGCUCUUCUGCCGAGUGAGGGUCGUUUAUUUUUAAUUGUUUUAAUGUUUGUUGGACAAUGUCGAAUCAGUCGGUGAACAGGGGCUUCUGUGGCGCCAUUUUUUCAAGUUAUCCGACUGGUUUCGGUGAUGAGAAUAAAACUCCUGUGAAUAUAUCCUCUCGCGCGAUAUUCGCCGAAUCGCCGCGCGCCUGCGAAAAUCUUGCGCACCCAAUCAGCAAUGCCCCCCACCCUCGAAACCCCCCUCAGAAAACCUACUUCGACAACCUGAUGCCGGAGGACCCCCCUCCGACCCCAAAGCCCGCGCGAACCCCUGGCCAGUCCUCGGAUAAGACCCCCACGUACUUCUGCACGCCAAGCCACCCCCAGAAGUCCACCAGCACGCCCUUCCGCACCCCAGUCCGUCGAUUCUUCACCGACCCCUCCGCCCAGUCGACGCCGGACUGCUUCGGUCCGGUCCAGCUCGAGACCCCCCGCGCGAAGAGGGAGAAUCCCCUCGAGGAGAUGACGAUCUGCGAGGGUGAAACCAGCAAUUUAACCGUCGGCGUGAGGGUCAGACCGAUGAGCCUCAGGGAAUUGAACGAUCCCGAGGCGAAACCGGUGGUUCGGGUCCACGAGAACUCGGUGACUGUCGACUCUGACUCCUCCCAGCACAGCUUCAACUACGACCACUGCUUCAAGUCCAGCGGAAAGUCCUCGUCGUUGGACCAGAAGAGGAUCUUCGAGUCGAUGGUUCUGCCCCUGGUGGAGAGCGCCUUCGAGGGCUACAACGUCUGCCUCUUCGCGUACGGACAGACCGGAUCGGGCAAGAGCUACAGCAUGAUGGGGUCAGAGGUCAACCAGAGCCCGGACUCGAGGCUGCCCGAGGGGGCGGGGAUCAUCCCCCGUUUCUGCCACGAAAUAUUCUCUCGUGCUCGGGACAACGAGAACCUCCUCACCAGCGUCGAGAUCAGCUACUUCGAAAUUUACAACGAGAAGAUCCACGACUUGCUCGCGAGCAACUCCAACGGCGGGAGGAAGCGAACUCCUCUCAGGGUCAGGGAGCAUCCGGUAUUCGGGCCGUACGUCGUCGAUCUCAGCCAGCACUGCGUUCAGAGCUAUGGGGACCUGCAGGGCUGGCUCAGGGUGGGGAGCUCGCAGAAGGCCACUGCCGCCACGGAGAUGAACGAGAAGAGCUCCAGGUCCCACAGUAUUUUUAGUGUUGUGCUCACCCAGGGGCAGAAGGGGAAGACCGCGCGGGGCGACCCCAGCAGGAGGAGCAAGAUCAAUUUGGUCGAUCUCGCCGGCAGCGAGAGGCUCAGCCAGACUUGCGCCAGUGGAGAACGACUUCGGGAAGGAGUUUCCAUCAACAAAUCUCUCCUCACCCUGGGUAAAGUGAUCGCCUCCCUCGCUGAGAGUACCAACAAUCGAAAACGUGGAUUCGUGCCUUAUCGAGAGUCGAUUCUCACGUGGCUUCUAAAAGAAAGCCUCGGAGGAAACUCGAAGACUGCAAUGCUGGCAACUGUGGCUCCAAGCAGCUUGCACCUCGAGGAGACCUUGGCUACCCUCCGCUACGCCUGUCAGGCGAGAUCCAUUGUCAACCGAGUGCGCAUUAACGAGGAUCCCCACGAUAAAUUGAUAAGAGAGCUGAAGGCUGAGGUUCUGAGACUGCGAGGAGUCCGGGAGAAUUACGAGAAACAAUUGGGGAACAGGAAUUUCCUGGGUAAUGAUGGGAUGGGUCAGGAUCAGGACAAGGAGCGAGAGAUUGAGAGACUGCGGAGCCAACUUAAGCAGACGGAGGAGCAGUUGAAGUUCACACAGAAAUCGUGGUCAGAGAAGCUGGAGGAAGCUGAAAAACGUAAAGGCGUAGAAAUAAAUUUUCUUCGUCGUUGUGGAAUUGCCGUUGAAAUUGAUUUUCCAGAGAAUAUAAAGUCUCCCUGUUUGGUACACCUGGCACCAGAUCCAAUCCUCUCGGGUACACUCUUGUACUUGAUUCCACAGGGCUCAGUGUCCAUAGGAAGAAAUACCCAGGGCACGAGGAGAUCCUCUGUCUCCCCGGAUAUUCUCCUGAAUGGACCACUUGUCUCACCCCUGCAUUGCACUAUCGAGAAUAAUGAGGGACAGCUGACAUUGAAACCUCAAGAGAAUAGCGAUACUUACGUAAAUGGACAGAUAGUACGUAAUGAGUUAUCGCUGAGGCAUGGGGAUCGUUUAGUUAUUGGUGGCAAUCACUAUUUCAAAGUGUGCAAUCCAGGGGAUGGCAAUGGCCAAUGCACUUCGCAAUCUAUUGACUAUGAAUUUGCACAUCAGGAGAUACUCACGAUACAGGAGGACAAAUUGAGAAAAGAACUCGAAGAGUCGAAACAGAAAGCAAUAAAAGAACUGGAAAAUGCGAAACGCGACAUAGAGUUCCAGCUGGGCUCGCAAAAAGUGAAUUACGAGAGAGAGAUAAAAUGCCUCGGGUCGACUCUGGAGCAUCAGAAACAGGCGCUGGCAGAGGUUACCAAAAGAAAGAGGGAAUUGGAGAUUGAGAAGGAGAUGCUGACCCAUCAGAUCGAGAGGAACACGAGACAGCGGAUUUCACCGGAGGAGACCCCCAGGGUGUCACCUUAUCGAUCGAAUUUCCUGGAUGAACUUGAAAAAGUACUGACUGAAACCACGAAUGAUGCUGAGGCUGCAUUGACUAAUGACACCAGCAGGGAUAGCAUGCGAUCUGGGGGCAUUACGUUACACGAGAUGCAACUCCUCGUCAGGGAGGCCAAGGAGAGGUGUCGCGAGAUCGGUCUCAAUUAUGAAUUCCUCCAACAGAAAGUGAUAACGGAUAACGGUCUGCGUUCGAUGAUCCGAGUUCGCGACAGGAUGAGGAAGCUGGAGGCCUUCUGGGAGCCCCUGUACUUCCUGGACUGGGUGCAGCGUCUGCGGGACAACGACCACGAAACCACGAGAAAGGACUUGAUGGACUCGACGGAGCACUGGGAGGCCCUCGACGAGAGCCAACUGGAGGACUCCCUCGACAGCAGUCGCAUCUCAAUAAACCUGACCCCAAUAAAGAGGCAAUUGAACGAAAGCCUCCUCCAAUUAUCAAUGAACGGUUCACUGUUCGAGGCACCUGACGAAGUGAACGAUCCACUCGUGACUCAGAGGCGCGACGACAUGAAGUCAUGCCUCCUGCAAAUGGAGAUCGCUGCUAGAACCCUAGGCAAACUCUGUAGUGACGAGAGUGAAGACAUCAGUAAAGAAGUCACCGAGUCCCUCACAAAUGUCAAUGGAAUCUUGGCGUCACUGAGGAAGACUCUUGAUUUAGUUGACAAUAAAAAUAGUUCUGCGAGUGUUAAGAACAUUUUCAUGAAGAGUUAUUUGAGCUCCAGUUCACGAACGCCCACCAGGUCCCCCAGAGCUCUCAAGUGUCCGGUUAUCCGGGAGAACCCAGGGAAAACAGUUCGCUUCAACGUUCAAUGAUCACCCCUGACACUCGUUACAGGGAACUGAUAACACUUCAGUGAAGUCUCUAGUUGUUUUAUAAGAUACCUGACAUUGUACAGAUUUUUAUGAACACGAGUAUUUGUCGUAACGUCUUGCCUUGUACCUUAAGAUUAAUAAAUUUUUUAAGGAGUAAAAUAA